AUGCCAACCGCCCAAGAUUCUGAUAUUUAUGGUGUCGUUAACACGUGUAUCAUGAGUCUCAUGGACACAUCCAUGAAGAAUUCUGAGAAAUUUAAGGCGACAGUGGUCGACUUAAACAAGUAUACCGAUGAGCUUCAAAAUAACAGGCGUUCCUUUUAUAACGACAAGUCCAUCUACGACACAAAGACCUUAUUCAACGCAAUCGGUCUAGAGUUCAUUGAACUGUUUGUGACCACGGCCGCUAUGGAAUCGUCUGAUAGUAAAACUGCCCAUGUUAACCCAACUACUGAUAAGGCUGAUGUUGACGAUUGGGCGGACAUUACUUCGCCCAUGGGUCCACGUGAUUCCAAUUCGGAUGCCAAGAAUGGGACCAAUGCCGUCGUAAAAGCACGAGUCCUAAAUUUCUUACUUGAAGUCUGGCUGUUUGAACAAAUCAAUCUCGACAAAGCAGGACAUUUCAAA